AGUGUAGCCCCAGCAGUGCCACCUGUCAGUGUCCAUCAGUGCCUUAUGCCAGUGCUCAUCAGUGCCACAUCACUGCCUUUCAGUGCCACCCAUCAGUGCCAGUCAGUGCCGCCUAUCAGUGCCAGUCAGUGCCGCCUAUCAGUGCCAGUCAGUGCCGCCUAUCAGUGAUGCCUGUCAAUGCCCAUUAGUGCCACCUACCAGUGCCUCCUCAUCAGUGCCCAUCAGUGUCCAACAGUGCAGCCUCAUUAGCGCACAUCAGUGAAGGAGAAAAAUCACUUAUUUACAAAAUUUUAUAA